UGGGCUCUCCUCUGAACUGGCAAAACAGUCUCUCCUCACAGACACAAUAAAGUUUAGAGCUGGACGCUCGCAGGCAGUACGCGCAAAACCGGACGGCUGUAUCUCGUCGCUGCGCUGCGCUUCUCCACACGGAGUUCUUAACGGGAAACAACGCAAGAAGGACUGUGGGAUUUAUCCAAAUGUAGGUUGUUUUUUUAAACUGCAGAUGCACGCACUGUUCUAACUGAAAACACGCGCUUUUGAUUACGCACCUCUCUCGUAAUGAUUCACUGCGGCUUUCUGGAUGUUUUAAUCUACUGAAUGGCUCCGAGUUGGAUAUUAUAGCCUCCGAAACGCAUGGACUACACGCGCUCCACUCCGGCUGGACUAUAAACUCGCGCUGCGGUUUCCAGGGCGACCAAACCUAACUUGGUGUUUGAGGAGAAAUCAGCUGUGCCAACAUUUACAGAGAGGGCAGAGUGACCAUGCCCGGGAUGAUGUUGUCGCUCGGCGGAGCAGCCUUGCUCGUCUUGUGCGGGCUGGUCGGUCCGCUCUGCGUGGUGCACGCUUUCGGCGACGAAGUGGAGGAAAUGACCUGCGACCCGAUCCGGAUCAGCAUGUGCCAGGGCCUCGGUUACAACGUCACCAAGAUGCCCAAUCUGGUCGGCAACGUGCUGCAGUCGGACGCCGAGCUGCAGCUGACCACGUUCACACCGCUCAUACAGUACGGCUGCUCCAGCCAACUCAAGUUCUUCCUGUGCUCAGUCUAUGUGCCAAUGUGCACAGACAAAGUUCCCAUCCCCAUUGGUCCAUGUGGUAGCAUGUGUCUGUCCGUCAAGAGAAAAUGCCUCCCAGUGCUCCACGAGUUUGGCUUCAUAUGGCCUGAGGUGCUCAACUGCAGCCUCUUCCCACCUCAGAACGACCACAACCACAUGUGCAUGGAGGGUCCCGGGGACGAGGACCCGCCCUACCAGCCCGUCCGCCAUCCUCCCCACCAGGAGGAGUGUCAGGCCCUGGGAUCUGCACCUGACCAGUAUACCUGGUUAAAACAGACCGAAAGCUGUACUCUCCAGUGUGGCUAUGACAGCGGGCUCUACCGACGAGGGGCCAAAGUCUUCACAGACGCGUGGAUGGUGGUGUGGGCUGUGCUGUGCUUCCUGUCGACCACUCUGACUGUCCUGACGUUUCUGUUGGAUUCACAGCGCUUCUCCUAUCCCGAAAGGCCCAUCAUCUUCCUAUCUAUGUGCUGUAAUCUGUACAGUGUUGCUUACCUGGUGCGGUUGACUCUGGGGAGGGAGCGUGUUUCCUGUGACCUGGAUGCCACCGCAGUACCAAUUCUGGUCCAAGAAGGGUUAAAGAGCACUGGAUGUGCCAUAGUGUUCCUCCUGCUCUAUUUCUUUGGCAUGGCUUCCUCACUCUGGUGGGUGAUUCUGACCCUCACUUGGUUCUUGGCUGCUGGACUGAAGUGGGGCCACGAGGCCAUUGAAAUGCACAGCUCCUACUUCCACAUAGCAGCCUGGGCCAUCCCAGCCGUCAAAACCAUCGUCAUCCUCAUAAUGAGGCUGGUGGAUGCAGACGACCUGACCGGACUCUGCUAUGUUGGCAACCAGCAACAGGAGGCGCUCACGGGCUUUGUGGUGGCACCACUGGCAACAUACCUUCUAAUAGGCACUCUGUUUAUCUGUGCUGGCCUAGUGGCUCUUUUCAAGAUCCGCUCCAAUCUCCAGAAAGAUGGUGCCAAAACAGACAAGUUGGAGCGUUUAAUGGUGAAGAUCGGAGUGUUUUCUGUUCUCUACACUGUCCCAGCAUCCACCGUCAUUGGCUGUUACCUCUACCAGCUCUCUCACUGGGGGGAGUUCAGGGCCAGCCCCCGGGACUCAUAUGUGGUAUCAGAGAUGCUUCGAAUCUUCAUGUCACUGCUUGUAGGAAUCACGUCUGGCAUGUGGAUCUGGUCAGCAAAAACCCUCCACACCUGGCAGCGCUGCUCUGCCCGCCUGCUCAGGGACAGCAGGGCGAGCCGAGGGGGCAAGAGGGCACCGGGCGAGGGCUGGAUCAAACCAGGGAAAGGCAACGAGACAGUGGUGUGAGGAGAAAGAAAGAGAGAACGGACGGGAAUGGACUUCUACCUGCUUCUCUCUCACUUACAGAACCUCACUCUGCCAAACGAAAGAUGGAGAUGUCAGAGGAAAAAAGAUGAGGGAGAUGUGACACAGGAACAAGAGUUUCUCAAGGAAGCCACUGGAUGUAAUGGCAUCAUAAAAGCUCGCUGAGAGGCUGUAAACAUGUCUCAUCCCCCUCUAAGUGACUCGGUGCCUCUAACAGGGGAUAAGGGGGAGAAAAGUGGAGGAUCGGGUCGUACAUAAGUAGCCACAGUAACCUCUCUACCUCUGUUAGACUUCCUUUGCCCAGAGAGACAGAGAAAGCAAAAAAUGAAGGAAAAAGAGAGACGGGAAAGGCAGAAGAGAAGCAUCAAUAUGCAGACCAGACACACCGAUAAGCUGUGUAGCACCACGUCUACCUCUCUGUCUCUCUUUUCUCCAGAGCCCUCAGCGGAAGAGACUGAACCUGCUGGAUACAGUAACCCUUAUAAUGUUGGGUCUUUUUAAGGUCUUUUUGAAGUUUUGAAUUUUACACUGGAGGGUCCUGGUGCAGACAUUACACAGAUGUAGGUUGAUGUUUCCCAAAAGCAUCUGACAACCAAGUUCCUGUGGGUUUUUAUGUCCACACUGGAAAAUAAAAAACUAAAUACCAGACCAAAAGUAAAAUCUGAUAAAAACAUAUAAAAUAUGGCCGUAAAUCUGUGACGUGUUUACAUUUGAACAUUAUUAUACAUUUUUGUAAAUUAUUACCUUUUGUACAAUAUAAAAGAGAAGGUGAUUUUAUUGCUCAGAAUGUUUUGGGAAACCAGCUCUAAGCUGUAAUAAUGCACUAUAAUUAUAUACAAUAUGUGAAGUGUCUGCACUUGUCACAGGUGCAUUACCAGGGACGGCAGUGAUGGAAGGGUCAGGGUUACCUUUAAAACAUGGAGAGUUUGGUCAGUUUUCAUCAUGAAUGCUGCAGAAAAAAUAACUAAUGUGGUUUAUUGCUCAAAUAAGUAAAAGUCAAUUCACGAUCACUUGUCUUAAAUAUUGUGAAAGCAGAGAAACAUAAUGAGAGAUUAUUUUUUUAAUCUGUUUUGUACAUUUAGGUAAAGUCUGUGUUAGCUAUUAAGUCAUACCGCAAUGAAUCCUGGGAGCCCCCCAGCUGUGCCUUUUAUGGACCCAUAAAUGUGGAAGCGGUAAGGCAUCUGGGAAAUGUAGGCCUGUGUGUUUUACCUCAGUGGUCUAUGAGAAGCUCAGCUAACUCCCAAUGAUGUGUGCUGUCUUUUUGGAAAUGCUGCACUGAAUAUGCUCUUGAGUUACCAUGAAAUCCAGGAAAUCAAAUUAUUCCCUCUGCCCUCUUUUUCAAACAUCGGACCCGAGGCAGGUUAAAGAAUUAGAGCUUAUUAGACAAUCACUUGCCAAAAGACACAUUAUGCAAUAACAAAGUGCUGUCACAGACACAUGCACAUAUAUGCAGAUAUACGCACAUGAAGGAAUCAGUUCCCACGGAUCUCACCCACCAGCUUAUAUAUGAACAAGUUAUGAUCACUAUCAGAGACACCAGAAAUAAGAGGUCAUAUCGGCCUAACUUUGUCUCCUUUCAGUCUGUUUACAUGUUUCUCUCAGUUUCUGUUUAAAUCAUUUCAGUUUGAUGAGGCCAUCACAGAAGCACAAUGAAAUUGGCACUAUUAAUUGGCGUGUCUGUUCAGCCUGGAUAUCUGUAUGUCUGUCUGUCUGAUGCUCUCAUUGGCCCACAGCCUGCCUGUUUCUCUUUAUCCUUGUCUGCUGCAUCAUGGCUCGUUUCCCAGACAAUCAAGUCGUCCCUGGAAAAGAUUAUUGUACGUUACAUUUCAGAAUUUCAUGGAUGAUAAGAGAUGAGAUUUCUAUUCAUGGUCUCAAGUGGUGCAUUUUGUUGAUAAUAGGCAUCUCCCACCAUUUAAUCCCUCUCAAUAACUGCUUAUAGAAUGUACUAUAAGUUUUAAUUAAGUUAUUCCUGGUCCUGACUCGUCACAUCUUACUGCUGCAUUCACCAAAUUCUGCAACCGCUCCUGUGUACCGUAUAUUUGCCUGACAAUCUAUCUAGCAAAGCUCUUGCGUUUCAGUGAGUCUUUGAAUGUAUAAUACGUGGGGUGUGUGUCACAUUAUGCCUUCUACAUUUAAGUAGACUAAAGAAAAUCUUGGUUCUGGGCUAUUUAAAUGUAUAAGGGCUUGAAUAAUUUGGAGCUUUGCCCCCCUGUGUGUCAUCUGAAACCAGAUAGUGCCUCACACAGCCUGUCACAGGUAUUUUUUUAAAUUAAUGUUUAGAAUGGGACAGAAAAUCAUUUUCAAAGUGUGGGCUGCCCCGGGAAAUAUGUUAAAUGUAACAUCACCCUUAUUGCAUUCAAAGAUACUUUUAGUGGUUCUGGUGAAACCUAGAACCCUGAAAAACCAGUGUUUCUCAAACCAGCAUACUUUGGCACACUUAUUAAAUUUCCAGUUAAACAAACAUUACAUUGAGUUCAAGUGAAUUAAAUUAACCUUUGACCACCUCCCCCUCUGAGCUAAUGCAGUUUCCCUCUUAAACUGUCUUAACGUUUUGGCCAUCUACUCUCGUAUGACCGCACUGAGCUUCAGGUGACAUUUCCAAACAAUCACUGAAUAGUUGUGCCUUGAAACAGAGAGAGUGUGUGCCACGGCCUAUGAGAACCAAUGGUAGUGCAGAUUUAUAAAAGUCCAUAUAUGAAUCAGUGUUGGGGGGGGGUCAGUUCACCAACACUGAUCGUAGCCUUUAAGGUCUAACUGUUCCUUUGUGUAGACUCGUCUUGAUGAUGUCAUCAAUGUAUUAUAAAGAAAUAGCUAAUUUAUCCUUGUAAAAAAGUGACAAAUUUUAAAACUUGUUUGUUAUUUAAAAACACUUUUGUAUCAGAAGAAGAUGAUGAAUAAAAACUUUUUGGUUUCCAAUA